CCAGCUCCUUCUCCCUCCAUCCUCAUCCCACAACCGUCUUGUGUCUUGUCGGCCUUCGCGCGUCUUCGAAAUGAGCGUCAUUCUCUGCACUGCGGGUUAUGACCACACUAUCCGGUUCUGGGAGGCCCUGUCUGGAAUUUGCUCGCGCACAAUUCAGCAUCCCGAUUCGCAAGUUAACCGCCUGUGCAUUACCCCGGACAAACGGUACCUGGCCGCUGCUGGCCACAACAAUGUUAAACUAUAUGACAUCAAAUCCACCAAUCCGAACCCAGUCAUGACCUUCGAUGGCCAUACAAACAACAUCACGGGUGUAGCUUUUCAUUGCGAGGGGAAGUGGAUGGUGACCAGUUCAGAGGAUGGGACAGUCAAAGUGUGGGACACGCGUACCGGAAGUUUGCAGCGCAACUAUGCCCACAAAGCACCCGUCAACGACGUGGUCAUUCAUCCUAAUCAGGGCGAACUCAUCAGUGGUGAUCGCGCCGGGAUUGUUCGUGUCUGGGACUUGGGGGAGAGUGUUUGCACCCAUCAGCUGAUCCCUGAAGACGACGUCGCCGUACAUAGUGUGAGCGUUGCUAGUGACGGGUCACUCCUCUGCGCAGGAAACAAGAAGGGCAAUGUCUACAUCUGGCGCAUGAUCCAGGAUGCCGAACUCACCCGCAUUGUCCCCAUCUGCACCUUCCAAGCACACAAAGACUACCUUACUCGCGUCCUCCUCUCCCCGGACGUCAAGCACCUAGCGACAUGCUCGGCCGACCAUACCGCCAAAGUAUGGAAUCUCGACCUCGACUACCCUCCCGCGAAAAUGGCCGCCGCCAAAGCCAAAGCUCAAGCACUUGCGGCACCCGAAUCGUCUUUGUCCCCAACAUCAACACCCGAUAGCCAGGACCCCUUGUCGCCCAACAGCAACAAGCCCGAGAUUGAAAUCAACCCUCUUAGUCUGUUCGAUAGCACACCUCCGAUUGUCAAUACCGAACCCCAGCAGACGUUCCCUGUCCAGCCGGACGGCCCUCCCAUGGACCCUACCACGGGCACCCUCUUCUUAGAAACAACGCUCGCGAACCACCAACGAUGGGUUUGGGAUUGUGCCUUCUCCGCCGACUCCGCAUACCUCGUCACUGUGUCUAGCGAUCACUACGCGCGUCUGUGGGAGUUGGCGUCGGGGCAGAUUAUUAGACAAUAUAGUGGUCAUCAUCGCGGGGCGGUUUGUGUGGCAUUGAACGACUAUUCCGAACCCCGCUAGAUUCAGGGUUUUGAGUACCAGAGACGGUAAGUAUUGUCAUCACGACCGUUUCUUCGCCAUACAUCUGCUUCCUGUUGUUAUUCGCAUCUUUCCAUGGGGCUUCAUGGGUUAGCAUGGCGCUAGGUAUCAAUUUGACCGAGUUGACUCGGCUUUAACUUGACUGUGUUGGGGACUGGCGUAUUCUUUCUGCCUGCCAUCAUAUAGGAGUUUCAGGAGCCGAUCGCACUUUAUUAUUAUCUUUCUCCUUUGUCCAUUUUGUCGGAACGUCGAGCAAGAGUUUGUGAUACAAAUACCACAUUACAGUUUAGUCGGCGGUGGGAGGUGAUCUGCAACGCCUUGGAAAUAGCCUCAAUAUUGAAAUAAU